AUGAAUUCGGUAGCCGGGAAUAAAGAGAGGCUGGCGGUUUCCAGCAGGGGCAAGAAAUAUGGGGUGAAUGAAGUCUGCUCGCCCACCAAGCCCGCGGCGUCCUUCUCCCCCGAGAGCUGGUACCGGAAAGCGUACGAGGAGUCGCGCGCCGGCAGCCGGCCCACCCCCGAGGGCGCGGGUUCGGCGCUCGGCUCGUCGGGGACCCCGUCCCCCGGCUCGGGCACCUCGUCCCCGAGCUCCUUUACGGGCUCCCCGGGCCCCACCUCCCCGGGCAUCGGUACCAGCUCGCCGGGCUCCCUGGGCGGCUCGCCGGGCUUCGGCACCGGCUCCCCGGGCUCGGGAAGCGGCGGCGGCUCCUCCCCCGGCUCAGACCGCGGCGUCUGGUGCGAGAACUGCAACGCCCGCCUGGUGGAGCUGAAGAGGCAGGCGCUGAAGCUGCUGCUCCCGGGGCCCUUCCCCGGCAAGGACCCUGCUUUCUCGGCUGUGAUUCACGACAAGCUCCAGGUCCCCAACACCAUCCGGAAAGCAUGGAAUGACAAGGACAACCGCUGUGACGUCUGUACCACACACCUGAACCAGCUGAAGCAGGAGGCCAUCCAGAUGGUGCUGACCUUGGAACAGGCAGCUGACAGCGAGCACUACGAAGGCUCCCCUGGCUCGCCCCCACCGCUCUCCAACAUGCCCACCCUGCUGGGGCCCCGGCCCGGGGGUGGGCUCCAGCAGCCCAGAGAGUGGGCCUUCGUGCCUGCCCCGUGUGCCUCCUCCAACUACACGGCUUUCAUCAGCAACAAGCAUAGCAGCAAACCCAACAGCCUCGGGGUCAGCAAUGGGGCCGAGAAGAAAAGUGGGUCCCCAACCCAACAGGCCAAGGUCAGUCUCCAGAUGGCCACCAGUCCCAGCAAUGGGAACAUCCUCAACUCAGUGGCCAUCCAGGCUCACCAGUACCUGGACGGCACCUGGUCCCUGUCGAGAACCAAUGGGGUCACCCUGUAUCCAUACCAGAUCUCCCAGCUGAUGACAGAGACAGGCCGGGAGGGGCUGACCGAGGCGGUGCUGAAUCACUACAACGCGGACAAGCCUUCGGCCUGUGGCAUCCCAGCCUCCCAGGGCUCCUGCGUGGUCAACGAGACUUCGCCAGGCCCCUCGGUGGCCGCUUCCUUCUUUGCCAGAGCUGCCCAGAAGUUAAAUCUGUCUUCUAAAAAGAAGAAGCACCGACCUUCCACAUCGUGUGUGGCCGAGCCCCCUCUCUUUGCCACCAGCUUCAGCGGUAUUCUGCAGACCUGCCCUCCACCGGCCCCACCCUGUCUGCUGCGGGCUGUCAGCAAGGUGAAGGACACGCCAGGCCUGGGCAAGGUGAAAGUCAUGCUUCGCAUUUGCUCCACACUGGCUCGAGAUACCUCAGAAUCCAGCUCCUUCUUAAAGGUGGACCCACGGAAGAAGCAGAUCACCCUGUAUGACCCCCUGACAUGUGGAGGUCAAAAUGUCUUCCAAAAGAGAGGCAACCAAGUUCCUCCUAAGAUGUUCGCCUUUGAUGCUGUUUUUCCACAAGAUGCUUCUCAGGCUGAAGUGUGUGCUGGAACCGUGGCAGAGGUGAUCCAGUCUGUGGUCAACGGGGCGGACGGCUGUGUGUUCUGUUUCGGCCACGCCAAGCUGGGGAAAUCCUACACCAUGAUUGGAAAGGACGAUUCCAUGCAGAACCUUGGCAUCAUCCCCUGUGCUAUCUCUUGGCUCUUCAAGCUGAUCAAUGAACGCAAGGAGAAGACUGGAGCCCGGUUCUCGGUGCGGAUCUCAGCUGUGGAAGUGUGGGGCAAAGAAGAGAACCUGCGGGACCUGCUGGCCGAGGUGGCCACGGGCAGCCUGCAGGAUGGCCAGUCCCCGGGAGUGUACCUGUGUGAGGACCCCAUCUGUGGCACGCAGCUGCAGAACCAGAGCGAACUGCGGGCGCCCACGGCCGAGAAGGCCGCCUUCUUCCUGGACGCUGCCAUUGCCUCACGCUGGGGCAGCCGGCAGGACUGUGACGAGGACGACCACCGCAACUCGCACAUGCUCUUCACCCUGCACAUCUACCAGUACCGCAUGGAGAAGAGCGGGAAAGGGGGAAUGUCUGGAGGCCGUAGCCGCCUGCACCUCAUUGACCUCGGCAGCUGUGUGAAAGCUCUUAGCAAAAAUCGGGAAGGAGGCUCAGGGCUAUGCCUCUCACUGUCCGCUCUGGGCAAUGUCAUCCUGGCUCUUGUCAACGGCAGCAAACACAUCCCCUACAAAGAGAGCAAGCUCACCAUGCUGCUGCGGGAGUCCCUAGGGAACGUGAACUGCCGCACCACCAUGAUUGCGCACAUCUCGGCCGCCGCCGGCAGCUACGCUGAAACCCUGUCCACCAUCCAGAUCGCCUCGAGGGUCUUGAGGAUGAAGAAAAAGAAAACGAAGUACACGUCGAGCUCCUCUGGCGGGGAGAGCUCCUGUGAAGAAGGCCGGAUGCGCAGGCCCACCCAGCUGCGGCCCUUCCAGGCCAGGGCCGCGGCGGAGCCAGACUUCCCCAGCCCUCAGCUGCCCAGUGAGCCCGACUACUCCUCCAGCAGUGAGCAGUCCUGCGACACAGUCAUCUACAUCGGGCCCAACGGCACGGCCCUGUCGGACAAGGAGCUCACAGACAACGAGGGCCCCCCCGACUUUGUCCCCAUCGUGCCGGCCCUGCAGAAGGUCCAGGGCGACAGCCGGCCCGCAGAGGCCAGUGGGGCCGUGGCCAGCAAAUCGGAAAGGGACUGCUUGAAGUGCAACACGUUUGCCGAGCUGCAGGAGAGGCUGGGCUGCAUCGACGGCAGCGAAGAGCCCAGUCGGUUUCCUUUCGAAGAGCUGCCUGCCCAGUUUGGGGCAGAGCAGGCCAGCAAGUGUGCCCCGUCAGGCCAGGCGGCCGGGGCAAGCCCACUCUGUGCGUCCGACAGGGAAGAUGACGGGUCCGACGGCCAGCCCACCGACAGAGAAGGCACCGCCCCUCCCGCCUCCAAGAUGCAGAGAAAUCACUCACCCGGCCCGGCCCCUGCCCCUGGCCCCGCGCCGCCCAGCAGCCCCAGCCCUGCCUCGCCCAGGAGCAUCCCGGGCAGCAGCAGCGAGCACAGCGCGGCCAGCCUCCAGAGCAGCCGAGAAAGCCUGAACUCCUGCGGCUUUGUGGAAGGCAAGCCCAGGCCGAUGGGCUCCCCGCGGCUGGGCAUCGCCAGCCUGUCCAAGACCUCAGAGUACAAGCCGACCAGCUCUCCCUCCCAGAGAUGCAAAGUCUACACCCAGAAGGGCGUCCUGCCUUCUCCUGCCCCCCUGCCUCCACUGAGCAAGGGUUCCGGCCUGCUCUCUAGCGAGUCCCUGAUGCAGCCUGAGGUGCGCACCCCCCCAGUCGGAAUGAGCCCCCAGGUCUUGAAGAAAUCCAUGUCCGCUGGGAGCGAGGGGUUCCCCGAAAGCCCUGGCGAGGACGAGCCUCAGGCAGUGACUUCCCCGGAUUCUAAGAAGGAGAUCCUGAGCACCACGCUGGUGACGGUGCAGCAGCCACUGGAGCUGAACGGUGAGGACGAGCUGGUGUUCACGCUGGUAGAGGAGCUGACCAUCAGCGGGGUCCUGGGCGGUGGCCGCCCCACCAGCAUCAUCAGCUUCAACAGCGACUGCUCCGUGCAGGCCCUGGCCUCGGGCUCCCGGCCUGUCAGCAUCAUCGGCAGCAUCAGCGAGGACCUGGAGUGCUACUCCAGCGUGGCGCCCGUCUCCGAGGUCAGCAUCACGCAGUUCCUGCCCCUCCCGAAGCUGACCCUGGACGAGAAGGCCUGCGAGGCCGGGAGCAGACGUUCAUCCAUCAGCUCCUGGCUGAGCGAGAUGAGCGCCGGCAGUGAUGGGGAGCAGUCCUGCCACAGUUUCAUAGCCCAGACGUGCUUCGGGCACGGGGAGGCCAUGGCAGAGCCCCCGGCCUUGGAGCUCGGCGGCAGCAUCCAGAACAGUGCCGUGGUGUGUCGGGAGAAGCCCAAGGCAGGCCCCGACAAUUUGCUCAUCUUGCCUGACGUGAGCGAAGACUCUUUCAACAAGGCGGCCCCCAUCAAAGGCUGCAAGAUCUCCACGCUGGGCAAAGCCAUGGUCACCAUCUCCAACACGGCAAAUCUGGGCGGCUGCGAGGGCUACAUCCCCAUGAAGACCAACAUUACAGUCUACCCCUGCAUCGCCAUGAGCCCCCGGCCUGUCCAAGAGCCCGAGGCGUCCAUCGCCCCCACCGUCAGCUCAGCGCCCAGAGCAGCGCAGGCCCAGGACAGCAGGGAGACUGGUGCAAAGACAGAGAUGAAAUUUGAGGAUCCUUGGCUAAAACGAGAAGAGGAGGUCAAAAAAGAGAGUGCCUAUCCCAGUGAAGAGGGGACUGGGUGUGAGGCUGCCACAGGCCCCCCGAAGCCCGAGGCCAGGGCAGAACAAGACAGGAAGGCCAGCCCCGGGGACAGGCUGAGCAGCAGCAGCAGUGAGGUGUCCGCCUCACCAGGGAGCGACACCUUCAGAAGGGUGGUGGAUGGCUGUGAGAUGGCCCUGCCCGGCGCAGCGGCCCAGAGCCCUGUGCACCCCAACAGGAGCCUCAAGUCAAGCAGCCUGCCCAGGGCUUUCCAGAAGGCCAGCAGACAGGAGGAACUGGGCAGCCUGUUCUACCACUGCGCCGCGGAGACCAACGGGCUGGGCUCGCCCCCCUGCAAGGCAACCCCGGAGAGGAAGGUGGCGUCACCCAAGCACGGAGUCCUGGCUCGGCCCAAAGGGACGCCCCCUCUGCCGCCGGUCCGCAAGUCCAGCCUGGACCAGAAGAACCGGGCCAGCCCCCAGCACAGCGCCUGCAGCAGCAGCACCGGCAGCCCCUCGCACCCCUCGCACCCGCCGGCGCCCUUCCUGGCCGCGUUCCCGGACGAGGCCGGCGGCAGGCUGAAGGAGGCCAGCAGCAGCAGGCUCUUCAGUGCUAAGCUGGAGCAGCUGGCCAGCAGGACCAACUCCCUGGGCCGGGCCACGGUCAGCCAUUACGAGUGCCUCUCGCUGGAGAGGGCCGAGAGCCUGUGCGCGGGCAGCUGGCGGGCGCACGCGGGCAAGGACAGCACGAUGCCCCGCGCAGGCAGGAGCCCGGGCCGUGGCGGCGCCGCCGGGGCCUCGCCCACCGCCCCGGGCCCCGCGCCGCCCCCCGCCACCUCCGCCGCCUCGUCGCCCAAGGCCGGCCCGUGCAAGAUCUCGGCCGUGAGCAAGCUCCUGCUGGCCAGCCCCAAGGCGCGCAGCCUGGCCACCGCCACCACCAAGACGCUCAGCUUCUCCACCAAGUCCCUGCCGCAGUCGGUGGGCCAGAGCCCGGGCCUGGCGGCCAGCGCCAAGCCCACGUCCUGGUCCACGCAGUCCCUGAGCCGCAGCCGGGGCGCCGGGCCCGCCUGCAAGCUGCCGCUGCGCGCCGUCAACGGGCGCAUCUCGGAGCUGCUGCAGGGCGGCGCGGGCGCGCGGGGCGCCGACGGGCGCGCGGGGGCGACGGGCGAGGAGCGGCCGGCCGCGCCCCCACUGCCCUCGCCCUACAGCAAGGUAACGCCGCCGCGCCGGCCACACCGCUGCAGCAGCGGCCACGGCAGCGACAACAGUAGCGUGCUGAGCGGCGAGCUGCCGCCCGCCAUGGGCAAGACGGCCCUGUUCUACCACAGCGGCGGCAGCAGCGGCUACGAGAGCGUGCUGCGCGACAGCGAGGCCACCGGCAGCGCCUCGUCUGCGCACGACUCCACGAGCGACAACAGCAGCUCCGUGGGCGGCCGCUGCCGCAGCCUCAAAGCCCCGAAGAAGCGCUCCAACUCAGGUUCUCAGAGACGGAGGCUCAUCCCGGCGCUGUCCCUUGAUACCCCCUCCCCUAUAAGAAAGCCCGUCAGCAGCACUGGGGUCCGCUGGGUGGACGGCCCCUUGCGCAGCACCCAGAGGGGCCUCGGGGAACCUUUUGAGAUCAAAGUCUAUGAAAUCGAUGACGUAGAGCGGCUACAGCGGCGACGUGCGGGCAGCAGCAAGGAGGUCACGUGCUUCAAUGCGAAACUGAAAAUUCUGGAGCAUCGCCAGCAGAGAAUCGCCGAGGUCCGGGCCAAGUACGAGUGGCUGAUGAAGGAGCUGGAGAUCACCAAACAGUAUCUGAUGCUGGACCCCAACAAGUGGCUCAGCGAAUUUGACUUGGAGCAGGUUUUGGAGCUGGAUUCCCUGGAGUACCUGGAGGCCCUGGAGUGCGUGACGGAGCGCUUGGAGAGCCGUGUCAACUUCUGCAAGGCCCACCUCAUGAUGAUCACCUGCUUCGACAUCACCUCCCGGCGCCGAUGA